CAAUGGCAAGACCGCGAAUUGAGGUGAUAGAAGCGCUGAUAACGCGACGAGAUUUGGAUCGAAUGGAGUCAGGUGGAGGGGAGGAACUUGAUGCUGAGAUCGACUAUGAUGAUGAAUGGGGGAAGUCUUCAAUAGAUUCCGAUGCUGGCUGCGAUUCUGAUUAUGAGCCUGAUCUGCCUCAGCUUCGGCGCAAGAGAGCCCGAACGAUGCCCAGAGGAGACGGGGAAGGACGGCACGGUUUGGAUAAAACAGCGAGUUGACAACGCUACAGGUCGAUUAUCAGCACAGAAUGGCACGCCAUUGGAAUCGGGCCCUACACCUUACGUCAAAGGCAGAAUCGACAGAGAAUUCGACAGUUUUCAUUGUUUGUGACAUGCAGAUGUUGCAGCACAUCGAGGACUGUACUGUAGCUUAGGCGCGCCAGGCGAAAGGAGACGACGUGGGACAUGUCUGUGGAUAAGCUGGAAGCGUUCAUUACGCUCCUAUACGUCCGAGGACUGUACGACGGAAUAAACACGCCUUUGGAGAGCUCCUGGAACGAAACAUAUGGGUUGAUACCACGGAACCGCUUCAGAGAGAUCACCCUGGUAUCAGAAGUGUGGGGAACGUUUGUACAGAACUGUGUUUCCUCUUACAAGCCGGAAGUGAACAUUACCGUUGAGGAGCAAUGGUUCCCCGCAAACGCUAAGUGCAGCUUUACGCAGUACAUCCCCUACAAGCAAGACAAGUGGGGCAUGAAGUUUCGGUUUGCAGCUGACGUCGACAGCAAGUACGUGCUGAAUGUCUUUCCAUAUCUGGGGAAAGAUGAAUCUCAGCAUCCUGAAAAUGUGGUGCUGAGGCUUGUAGAACCUUACCUUGGCGAGGGUAGGAAUGUAAACACAGACGAGAUAUUCACAUCACUGCCAUUGGCAAAUAAGUUGAUUGACAAGAACACAAGCCUGGUGGGGGUGGUGAAUAAGACGAGACGGGAGCUGCCUCCAUCUGCAUGCAACCAGUCACAAGCAGAGCUGUUCUCCACAGCGGUGCUGAAGCACCACAAAGCAACACUUACGGUUUACAGAUGUAUGCCAAGAGAGAACGUCUGUAUCCUGAGUACUAUGCAUCCGACAGUUGCCAUUGCCGGGGACACAAAGAGAACCAGAGACCCUGACGCACUAAAACAACACAAAGGUUGGUGUGGAUAAGAUGGCCAGACAGUUCACGGUGAAAGGGGGUACUCGCCGCUGGCCUGUUGCCGUAUUCUACAACCUGCUUGACCUGGCUGCUAUCAACGCGCACGUUUUGUUCACCCUGUGCACCGGUAAGACAAUCCCGAGGAGAGAUUUCAUCAUGCAGUUGGCAUUGGCGCUUCGUGAGAACCACAUGAGCGCCAGGGGCAAGGCAGCAGCGCACGAUGUGCCAAAUGACGCACCACCGCUCUCCGAGAAGAAGCGACAGUGGACGGAUGCACGCGGGAAGAAAACUGCGACUUCUGCGGGAAGCGAUUUGUCUGCGGAAAGUGCUAAUUCCAGAAUAAAGAUUUGUCGAAGAUUUGUGUUGAAUGUCAUGCCAUGUUACUGUAAGAGAGUCUUCUGUUUAACGGAAUAACUGCUGCUAAGCGUAAAGGCGCACAUGCCCGAGAGAGGCCACAACGAGUUCAUUAAUGAUUGACACCAGUACAGGCUGUUUAUACGACUGACACGUGUUAUAUGCUUGUUAUAUUAUUUUAUAAUACCGUUAUCGUUUUACAUUUGUUCGUUGUACACUUCAUUGAGCUGACUCUAGGCCUAUUUAGCCCCAUUGACAGUGCGUAUUUUGGAACACCUAUAGCCUACUAGGUUACUUAGACUAACAUAAGAAAGGCUGUUAUAAAAAGAUGCUUCUAAAUUCAAUUACUGUGAAUGUGAUUUCUGUAUCGUUCUUUUCGCUAAAAUCUACAGAUAAAAUGGAAUGACCAUUUACAUUUUGGUGUUUCUUUCCCUCAAUUAAAACAAAACAACCUAGGCUAUUAUAAAGGUCUAAAACUCUAUAUGCAGUCAAGCAGCAUGUCCUAUGACAGGGUCACCGGAAAACGUGUGGGGAGGCGACAUUUGCCGCAGCGCAUUUCAAUAUUUUGGUUUCGUUUAUUCAAAUACAGUAUACUCAAUUUUGUUUGUGAGAAAAUGUGAAUGGGAUCAAAUUUGGUUAAUAUUCUUGGGCCACCAUGACUUUUUCAAUCCAAAAUGAUUAACU